GUCAGAACACUCUGGUAUCUCAUCGAAGUAACAUCGUGCUCUAAAGAGUGUAUUCCAGAGUCAUUUUUAACUAAAAAUCUAUUAGAAAUCACAAAAUUAUUGUUUUUUGAGUGUGUGCCUUGGCAGUUUUUUAAAUUGUGAUAUCAGCUUAUUGAUUGGUUUCUGAAUCCUAGAAGAAUAUUUUAUUAUUUUCGAAGAAUUUAUUCAGAAUUACGCGUCAUUGGUGCACCGGUUAAACCAAAUUUGGGAUGCAAGAAAGUGAUGUACGAGAAAGGGGCCGAUUUCAUUUUUUAAGAAGAAUCAAAAUAAUAGGUCAAAAUGGAUGCUGUGUUGCCGAAUUUCAAUGUUGGUGAAGCCGACAUUCUUGACGAAAACGAGUCAUCUUCUAUGGUUUUGGCCAGAGAAAUCACGGAAUCUUUGGAAAAUUCAAGACCCCACGAGAAGGAAGAAUUGCAUGACGAUUCUGAAACCAUGGAACAAAAUCAAACGCGAAACUGCGUUGAUGAGUUGCAGUCUCCAUCUGUUUCAAAGUGUAAAGACUUUGAAAGCGCAUCGGACACCAUUGAUACAUCAGCAGUCUCCAAUGAAUCUACGAAUAAAGAACGAUCCCUUGCACAAAACUAUUUAUCAGCAAAUGCAUUGGACAACGCGGCGAUACUUUCUUUAAAAAGUACGAAGAUAAUCCAAACACCGAUGGCCGAGAUGCAGUGCGCCAAUAUGGAAAGUGCGACAAUAGCCGCAUGCGUUGAUACUCAAACGCCUGCCACAGAAGUCCAAUGCGCAAGCACCGAAACGGAAAAACAUUCAAUCAAGUACCUUAUUGAUAAAAAAGCUCUGCUCAUUGAUGAAAUCGCAAAAAUAAUGAUUGAGAUUCGUGCAUUGGAUCAGGAUAAAGAAAAAGUUGAAAGUGAAGACAAAGAAUGUCAAGAAGAAGCUUGCAAUGCAAUAAACUGGGUACUAGAAACAGAGAUUCCGGAAAGGUGGAAGCGAUCAACGAGAAAAUUUGAAGACAUGAAAGCCAACAUUAACAAGUUACGCACAGACAAAAAUGAUUACUUAACGAGAAUCGAAAAAAUAGAAAGUUUGCUUGACGAUGAAAAGAAAUCACACGAAAAACAGCUUGAAACGUUGGUAAGAGAGAAUACUUUCUUAAAAAGUAAAUGUGAUAAGUUAGAAAUGGAUCUCAAAGAUUGUAAGACGAAGCUUAUUAUCUCGUACAAAAGAAUGUCAAAGCUUCGCAAACAGAUGCCCGAAUCAGAAGAUGUUUCUUUUAAUAAAAAAGCUCAACUAGCAAAGUCAAGAGCUGAAAAACUAAAUGUUUCACCUUCUCUUCGUAAGGAUGAAAAAUUAAAUGAGACUAAAGAUACAAGAAAACCAGCGAAACUAAGAGAAGUGUCCUUUUCAGAAGAAGGAAAAACCAAAGCUUAUUACGAAAAGCGACCUUCCAUUAAAAAAAGUCGCUCAACAAAGUCGAAGGCUGCUAAGCCAAAUGUGUCACCAUCUCUUCAAGAGGAUGUAAAGUUACGCGAGACUGAAAAUGCAUGUGAAUCGACGGAAAUAGUCCAAAGGACAAUUUCAGAAGAACAGGGCAAAGCUGGAAUUCUUCUUAAAACGUUACCUGCCCAUGAAAAAAGUCAAUCAAGAGCAUCGAAGGUUGGUAAACGAAACGUGUCAUUUUCUCUUCCCAAGAACACAAAGUUAAAUGAAACUGAAAAUGCAUGUAAAGUCAAAACUGAAACUCUGUAUGAGAAGAUCCACAAUGUUUUAAACGAAUUUACUCCACAAGAGACUGAUGCUUUUAUUAAUCAAGUACGAGAAUUGGAAAUUGAUACAUUGGAAAGACUCCAGGGUGUCAUUGAUUUAGUGUUUAAAAAGGUUGUCGAUGGACCUUAUUACGCUAUUGCAUGUGCUUUAACGUGUAAAGAACUAUCUAAUACGGAAGUUAUGAGUGCUGCUGAUGAUUCUAGUCCAACAAAUUUUCAUAAGCUUUUUUUGAAUCGUUGCCAGGCUGAAUUUGAAAAAAAAUGGACAGUUGAUAAAGAUAUUUAUAAUAUAAAGCUGAGAGAAAUAGACGAAUGCACAGAUCUCGAAAAAAAGAUAGAGCUUCGAAUUAAUUUUGAGCUAGAAGAGUGCAGACUGCGUCUAAGAUCUAUUUGCAAUAUUAUUUUUAUUGGCGAAGUGUUUAAGCAUGAUAUGCUUACUUGCGAAACUAUGCACCAAUACAUUCGUCAUUUAUUAACUGAAGUAGACGAUAUGAAUCUUGAAUGUUUGUGUCGAUUAUUAUUUAGUAUUGGCAAAGUCUUAGAAGCUAAAGAAGUCGAUCUAUCUAAUUAUUUUAUACAAAUGCAACAAAUCGCAAAUGAUAAAGACAAAAUAAGUUCAAGAAUUCGAUUUAUGCUUCAAGACGUAGUUGAUCUAAAGAUGAAUAAAUGGAUACCAAUUCAAAAAUAAUGGAUGAAACUCAAAAAAAGAAGAAUCUUCACAAACAAACGAAAACAAAAUGUUAAGUAAAAAUUAGUUAAAGUAGAAAAGGCAAAUCCAAGCUAGCUGGUAUAUGGAUGUCAACCAAACGUUUUAAUCGCUAGAAUAAGUUUUUCAGAAUUAUUCAAUAAUUUUCGCACACGUCACAAUUACUUUUAAAAUAGUACAUUACGAUACGUGUGACUUAAAUGGUUCUGUUUUACACGGCGCAGUUAGCACCCAAGUGCAGCGAGGGCGCUAAGCGCCGUGUAAAACUGAACCAUUUAAGUCAAGAGUAUCGUAUAAAAUUUUAUAGCACAGACUGCUAAAAUCCGCAAGUCUCGCCUAUUCGUGACUAAAGUAGUCCUUAUUUGCACCGUGAAGUUAGCGCACGAGCGUAGCGAGUGUGAUAAACACGGUGCAAAAAAGGACUGCUUUAGUCACAGAUAGGCGUGACUUAAUAGCGGAUUUUAACCACACUGUUCUAUAAAUAAAAAUUGAAUACAUCUAUUAUUUAAUAAAACACAAUUUUUUUUUAUAUUUUUGAUAAUUAUCGAUUUAAAAUUUUGACAGCCUAGUACAGAUGAUGCUCAUAAAGCCUAAAACGAUGCACAGAAAAUAUAGGGAUUUUUCAAUGAAAAUCAGGCAAUAAGGAGAAUGUUUUCGAACGUUUAAAAAAACAAGUCUGAUUUGAUAGAUUUGUAAUCUAUUGUUCAUUUUCUGUUCAAUAUUCAAUGAUAUAAUUUUCAAUGAAAAUCAGGCAAUAAGGAGAAUGUUUUCGAACGUUUAAAAAAAGAAGUCUGAUUUGAUAGAUUUGUAAUCUAUUGUUCAUUUUCUGUUGACUGUCUCAAGAUAUUUUUAUUGAUCUUUGACUACGAUAUUUUACAUUCGCAAUGUAUUAUAUUUCAUUUGUGUUAAUAUUCCAGAUAUUGAUCAUAUCAACGAAUACUUGUAUUUUUCAUGUUUCAUUACUAUUUGACUACGUUGUUACUUAGCUCUCUACUUGUACGAAACUAUAAGUUUAAUAAAUCGACAUGAUGAAAAAAAUAA